AACUGGUCAGCACCAAUGAUCCGUCUGAGGUUCGUAGUUUUCUCGGCCUUGCAUGUUAUUAUCCCUGGUUUAUUGAGGGGUUUUUGAAGAUUGCCCUCCCUUUGUCCCAGUUGACGAGGAAGUAUGUGAAGUUCGAAUGGACAGAUCGUUGUGAGUCGAGCUUUCAGGAGCUGAAAGAGAGGCUUACGAUGGCACCAGUGUUGACUAUUCUGGAUCCUUCUUGGAGUUUCACCAUCUAUAGUGAUGCUUCGAGACAGGGUUUGGGGUGUGUACUUAUGCAGGACGACCAGGUUGUAGCGUACGCUUCAUGUCAGUUGAAGCCCCAUGAGCAGAAUUAUCCUACGCAUGACUUGGAGUUAGCUGCAGUGGUACAUACACUUAAGAUAUGGUGGCAUUAUCUAUAUGGAGGCCGGUGCGAGAUUUAUACCGAUCACAAGAGUCUGCAGUACAUUUUCAUGGAGAAAGAGCUCAACAUGCGUCAGCGACGUUGCUUAGAGCUGGUUAAAGAUUAUGACUGCACGAUUCAGUAUCAUCCGAGAAAGGCAAAUGUAGUAGCUGACGCCCUGAGCCGAAAGGUAACGGGUGAAUUAUCAUGUUCUAUUACUCAGCAGAGCCAUCUUUUUCGAGACUUUGCCCAGAUGCAGAUUCAGGUCGCCGAGUCACUUCCUACAGAGAUCACGGGGAGUGUUAGCUCGAUGCAGAUUCAGCCCACGUUGAGGGAUCGAAUCCAGCGGGAGCAGGCUUCUGACCAGUUUAUCCGUGCUAUCGAGACGAAAGUUCAUGCCGGAGCACUCGAGGGUUUUCCCCGAGGCACAGAUGGAGCCUUCGAGUUUAGAGGUAGGAUC